GACAGAAACAAAAGAUAACCCAACCCCACUCCAGAUUUUCAGAUGUAAAUUUUCAUAUAAUAAGAUUGCAUGGAAAAAAAAAAGACCUCGUAGAUGACUCUUUUUUAUAUCAUACAUGACUGCAAUAUACAAUCUUUACGAGCACGCUACUCCAAUACUUGCCGGAUUGUGAAAACUCCACAGAGCAACUUACAUUCACCCUGAAAAGGCAAAAAAAUCGGAUUGACUCAUAGGUAUCGAAGUACUGUCCAGGGCUAAUUCUUCGGGGCUUUCGGCAAAACCGAUUUUUAACGCCUAUCAAUUAUCAAUUAUAAGAAAGAAAGAAAGAAAGAUACAACUGCUUUCCCCUCCAAACACUUCUCCCCCAAAUAACCAUCUGUUUGUUCAUUUGUUUGUUCGUUUUACACUCGACUAUCGAACAUCAGAAAUGGCUUCUAUCACAGCAAGCAGAAGUUCUGCUUCUGGUCCCUCGGUCCAAGCAGAUACUAAUGCUACUCAUCCUUAUACUUGCAAUACAUGUCAGGUGGCGUUCAGAAAUAGCGAUUUGCAACGAGGACAUAUGCGCAGUGAUUGGCAUCGAUACAACUUGAAGCGCCGCGUUACGUCUUUACCACCCAUUUCUUCCGAAGUUUUCACCGAGAAAGUCCUCCAGGCACAGGCUUCUUCCACAGCAGCAGCUUCCAAGGCCGCAUACGAAAAGUCUUGCACGAUCUGUACCAAAACAUAUUUCAGUGAAAAUGCCUACCACAACCAUCUUAGCAGUCAGAAACAUAAGGCGAAAGCAGCGAUGGCCAGUGAUGGACACAUGGACGACGCAAGCUCAGUAAUGAGCUCUACAUUUUCAUUGGGAGAACCUAUCAAGACAAGUGGAGCAGCGGGCGAAGAUACGGAUGCGCAAGUCGACGAAGUUUCUAAGGGUAUUAAGAAGACCAACCUUGAAGACGCUGAAGGUUCUACGGCUACACCUACUGAGGAUAACGAAAUGGAGGACGAUGAAGAUGAGUUGGUGGAGGUUUCUACAAGUCGAUGCUUAUUCUGUAACGAAGAUUCGGCCGAUACAGCUGCUAAUGCGGCGCAUAUGGAACGUAUACAUGGCAUGUUCAUUCCGGAGAAGGAAUACCUGGUUGACCUCGAAGGUUUAAUCGCCUUCCUUCACGAGAAAAUUUACGAAGAUCAUGAAUGUUUAGGCUGUGGCAAACUCAAGCAAUCGAUUUUUGGACUCCAAACUCACAUGAGAGAUAAGCGCCAUUGCAGAAUUCGUUACGCCACUGAAGAUGAGCAAAUCGAGAUUGGUGACUACUACGACUUCAGAAGCACAUACUCUGAUGACGAGGAAGAAUCGGAUUCGGAAGAUGCAUUACCAGGAAAACAAAACAGUGGUGGCGUUAAACUUGGAGCUAAGCGUCCAACGACAAUUGAUGCUGAAGGGGACGAAGAAAUGGAAAAUGGUGAUGGAUGGGAAACUGACAGCUCUGAGUCUUCCUUGGAUUCUGCAGAUCUUACUGCAGUUCCACUUGAUGAAAGAACGCACCAGUAUGAGAAACUUCAUCAACAUCCUCACCACUCCCACACAGAUCCUCGAUCACACCACAACAAGGAUGGGUGGCACUCACAUGCUCAUAAACACAAUCAUGCAGCAUUUUAUGCUGAUUAUGAGCUCCACUUACCUUCCGGUCGUACCGCUGGACAUCGAUCAUUACAAAAAUAUUAUCGUCAAAAUUUGGUCAAUCAUCCAUCACCAGAGGAGAGACAACGACGUGCAAUUGAGGCAGCCGAAAAUUCCGAUUCGGAUGUAGAGCAAGACGAACGAGUUGUUCGACGCAAUGAGAGAGAACGUGGAAGAGCACUCAUGAGCCGUGCAAAUGGUGGUCUAGGUAUGGCUGGUGUCACCGCUGAGAAGAGAAGAGAAGUCAAGGCGGCGGAGAAAAGAUCCAGAAAGGUGGAGAACUACGAACGCCGUAAAUUUGACUGGAGAAACAACAAGCAGAACAACUCACAAAAACACUUCAGAGAUCCAUUGUUGCAAUGAUUUCUCCGUCGGGUUUCGUGGCAUUUCUACUGGUGGCAUUUUCUCGGUAUACCUAAUGAUACUUUAGAUAUCCAUAUCUCACAGGUCUCAUGAGCAUCAUCGGUGGGUGGGCAAAGAGUGGCAUUUAUUUUGGGCGUUUUCAAGGAAUAGUUUAUGAUUGAUGUCCUCA